CGGCAGUAGCGCGAGCUUGCUCGGAGAGCAGGCUAGGUGGGAAGAUGGGACACAGGUAGCAUGUAAGGCAAGGGUGCACGAACGGGAGUUUUGAAAGAAUGACCAGACACUCGUGUUGGAAGAAAGACAAUGGACAGAUCGGGGAAGGAAAGUUCGAUAUGCAACGCUAGAUCCUUGGUAUGGCUCGAGCGACCAGAAGAUGCGAAAGUAAUCUUGACCCCGCCGUCGAAAUUUUGGAAACUCACCGAUUGCUUCUCCUCAAAGACGACCGUGUCUGCAGGAAAUCAGAAAGAGUACAUGGACAGUCAAGCACCUGUGUUGGAGCUGAAGGAUGUGCCCCCACCUCCGCGGCCUGCUGCUUCCUCCCAGCCCUUUCCUCUUGCCCCUCUCCCCCUCCCGCCCUCAUGCCCUCCUCCCCCGAGAGCCCCCAUAGUAGCUCCUGCUACUACGACUAUGCUCCUCCAGCCUGGCAGCCCCAAAGUAAGCGCCUGCUCCUGCUCACAGUGUGAGGCUGCUGCUCCCGGCCUGCACCACCACCCCCCGUAUCCCAGCCUCGGCCUACAGGGCACCCCGACUCGAGGCGGCUUCACAGAUGUGUGUGGGGAUGGUAGCAGCAGCAGCAGCACUAUUGGUGGUGGUGGUGGCGGCAGUUCUUCCAUUUAUCUUUCCAAACCUUUGGGUGCUACUGCGAAUUCCUGCACUGUAUGUCAGGGUUUCACCUCCUCCUCCUUACUCCCCUCGCUCCCCUCCCCCUCCUCCUUAGCCAACAGCUCUACCUCCUCCUCCUCUGCUGUGGUGGUUCCUCAUCACCUGUCUCUUUUCUCGGGGCCUCCUCCUCUUGGCCAGGUGGUUGCACCCUCCUCCCUUCCCCUGGUGGCCACCUCCCAGCCCGCGGCCUGCUGCGUUUCCCAGCUCCCCUGCUGCUCUGGCCUGCUGAAGCCUCUUCACGCCCCCACCUGCCCCCAGCUCUCGCAGGCCUGCUAUGGCCAGCAGCAGGGGCUUGGGCUGGGGCUGGGGACGCAGCCGGCUCUGCCAGCCCCCAGCUACUUCCAAUACAGUGGGGGGGAGCUUGAGUCUGGGGCGGUGGCAGAGAAGCUUUCUUCUUCCUCUUCCUCUUCUCAGCACCAUCCCCUUCCUCACGCCUCACCGGCACGCGCCCGCUCACGCCCUGUGCACCACCACCUCCACCACCACAGUGUACAGUGCACCGGGUGUCACACAGGGCUGCACUACUGUCAGGACUGUCUGCACAAGCCUGCUCGCAGUUUUGUGUCCGACUUGGACAAUCUGUGGCCCAAUAUCCCGCCGCCACAUGCCAAGUCCGCCCCCAUCCCUGUGCCCGUGUGCAACGGCUGCGGAGUGGGAGGAGCCUCCACAGAUGGCCUGCUGAUGGGCAAGACCACCCAGAAAUAUGGAUCACCGGACAGUGGCACGCAGGAGAGCCUGCCGCCCGUGGGCGUCUUCUGGGACAUCGAGAACUGUUCGGUGCCCACGGGUCGCUCCGCCGCCAGCGUGGUGCAGAGGCUCCGCGCACGAUUCUUCCCCGGGCACCGUGAGGCCGAGUUCAUCUGCGUUUGCGACAUCAGCAAGGAGAACAAGGACGUCAUCCAGGAGCUCAACAACUGCCAGGUGACCGUCGCCCACAUCAACGCCACAGCCAAGAACGCUGCUGACGACAAGCUGCGGCAGAGCUUACGGCGGUUUGCCGACACGCACACGGCCCCAGGCACGGUGGUGCUCGUCUCCUCUGACGUCAACUUUGCGAGCGAGUUGAGUGACCUGCGCCACCGCCACGGUUUCCAAGUGAUCCUGGUGCACAAGAACCAGGUGUCCGGAGCGCUGCUACAGCACGCGCAUCGCCACGUGGCCUUCGAGGAGUUCCUGGUGGACCUGCCGCCGAGGACGCCCCUGAAAUCUCAGCCCGGUUUCAACCUUCUGUUUGUGCACAACCUGCCCACGCACCGCGACGGCAAGAGCGUAGCCAACAGGCUGCGGCGCCUGUCCGACAACUGUGGCGGCAAGGUGCUGGGUCUGUCGGCGGGCACGGCCGUGCUACGCUUCAGCUCCCUGGAGGCGGCCGAGCGAGCCCAGAAGCGCAUGGAGAACGAGGACGUCUUCGGGUGCCGCAUUCACGUCUCGUUCUCCCCCGACGCACCCGAGGACGAGGAGGAGGAGCAGCAGCCGGGUGCCCGAGGAGGCGGAGGAGGAGGAGGGAGGGGAGGCGCAGAGGAGGAGGAGGAGGGAGACGAUGACGAUGAGGAGGGGGGCUAUGCCGCCAGACGUGUAGCCCGGGUGCCUCCUGUGCUCUCCUCCUCCUCCACCUCCGCCGCCGCCUCCUCCUCUCUGCCCGCCUCGUUCUUCCUCCCUGUAGAGAAGCCGCGCUCCCCUCGCCGGCCGCGCCGCGCCAGUGCCAGCAGCCACACCCCGCGGCCGUGCCAGGGGGCCCGACACACGGUGCCCGAGAGGCCGUACAGCCCCCGGAAAGGGGCGGCCAGCGCCAGCCGGCCCCAUCAGGAGUCAGGCCCUGCGGAGACCAAGGGCAAGAUGGGCUUCCUGUUAGACAAGGGCCCCCGCGCCUCCUCAGCCUCCCCCUACAGCAACGGAGACCACGCCCACGCUCACGCCGUCCACAAUCACCAGCAAGCCGGCCUGGCUGGAGGAGACGCUCCACACCGCAACAAGCGGAGGGACUUGGCUGGGUUCCGCAGUGCCGGUGACUCCCCAGUGGACCACUUCCAGGUCAGCACCCCGUCGGCCUUCAGCAAGCUUAGCCUGCAGAGGACCUUCAGCCCCAUGCUGCUGUCACAGGGAUCCUGGUCCUCACGGAGUGCCUCUCCGUGCCUGUCCAACCGCUCCUCCCCCCUGAGCGCCCCCAGGAGCCCCUGCCCGGACUCUGUUGCCCCUGCCGAGCCCUUCUCCGACGGGGCCGACGUGCAGGUGUCCAACCUGGACUACCGCAUGUCUCGCAAGGAGCUGCAGCACAUACUGCAGGAGACGUUUAGCAAGCAUGGCAAGGUGAAGAGCGUGGAGCUGAGUCCCCACACUGACUACCAGCUGAAGGCGACGGUGGCGAUGAGCUCCCUGCAGCAGGCCAUCGUGGCCAUCGGGGCGCUGCACCGCCACAAGGUGGGGGCCAAGCGGAUACAGGUGGCCCUGCUCACCGGCGCACACAACAAGACCCUCGCAGCCUUCAGCUCUGAAAUCAUCAGUGUUCUUCAAGAUGCACCAGCCAGUUGCCUUCCACUCUUCAAAUUCAUGGAAAUCUACGAGAAAAAGUUUGGCCACAAGCUGCUGGUGAGCGAGCUGUACCGUCUGCCGGAGCUGGUUGCCGUACGAGACCAAGGGGGCGGCCGGCUGGUGUGCCUCCUGCCCGGUGGUGUUGGCGUUGGCGGCGGUGGCGUUAGUGGCAAUAGCUGCCUGCAGGGGGCGCGCCACAGUCCCCUGAGCUCCUCGCAGUCCCAGGACGGCUCGUCCGCCUCCGCCAGCCCCGUGGUGUUCGAGGAACUGGAGUACCACGAGCCCGUCUGCAGACGCCACUACACGCAGGCCUUCAGUGAGGCGGACUAUGACCCGGACUCGUAUAAGAUCCCGUUCGUGGUGGUGUCGGUGAAGGAGCUGGCGGCUCAGGUGCACAGCCUGCUGCAGUCCCAUGAGGGCACCAUUCCAUUGCUCAGUUUCCCAGAGUGCUUUGCGGCGGAGUUCAGUGCGUUGACGCUGGGCGAGGAGGGCGAGCUGGAGAGCGGCGUGCCCCUGGAGCACCUCAUCACUUGCAUCCCCGGGGUCACCGUGGUGAUGGCGCAGAACGGAUUCAAGGUGGUCAAGUGGAUUCACAACAAGCCCCCGCCCUCGCCUCUCACCGCAGCCGGUAAAGACGCCUCCCAAUACCCGUGGGUGUCGCGCUGCAAGAGUCCGGUGGGGAACCCGCAGCUGAUCCAGUUGAGUCGUGAGCUGGUGGACCUGUUGCGGGGCCAGCCGGCCUGCCUGAUGCCCCUGGGCCGCUUCAUCCCCGCCUACCACCACCACUUCGCCAAGCAGUGCCGCGUCUCCGACUACGGGUACUCCAAGCUGCUGGAGCUCCUGGAGGCCGUGCCACACGUGCUGCAGAUUCUGGGCCUGGGUUCGAAGCGGCUGCUGACGCUGACGCACCGCUCUCAGGUGAAGCGCUUCACCCAGGACCUGCUCAAGCUGCUCAAGUUUCAGGCCAGCAAGCAGGUGGUCCUCCGGGACUUCAUGCAGGCAUACCACUGGUGCUUCUCGCGAGACUGGCAUGUGGUCGACUACGGCAUGUGUGACCUGAUGGACCUCAUGACGGAGAUACCUGACACCACCAUCACCAUCAUGCAGCAGGACAUGGACACCAUCAUCUCUGUACCCAAGAGAGAGCGUACAUCGGAGGAGCAGGAGCGUACGCGUCAGUUUGCCAAGGAGGUGGUGGACUUGCUGCGCCACCAGCCGCACUGCCGCAUGCCCUUCAGCAAGUUCAUCCCCACCUACCACCACCACUUCGGGCGCCAGUGCAAGCUCACGCACUACGGCUUCAGCAAGCUGGUCGAGCUCUUCGAGGCCAUCCCCGACGUGCUGACGGUGCUGGAGUGUGGCGAGGAGAAGGUGCUGUGCCUGACGGAGGUGGAGCGCGUGAAAGCGCUGGCGGCCCAGCUGGUGAAGUUGCUGCGCGCCCAGAAGGAGGGCCGCCUGCCCGCCCAGGAGCUCCUGGCCGAGUACAGCAAGUCCUUCGGCUACAGCCUGCGCCUGCACGACUACGACACCAACUCACUGCCAGAGCUGCUGGCCAAGCUGCGCCACGUGGUCAAGGUGGUGGACGGUGAGCAGGGUCGUGAGGUUCAGCUCAUCAAUAGGAAGUCUCUGCGCUCGCUGACCUUCCAGCUGCUGGCUCUGCUGAUGGGGCCCACGGGGGCGGCGGCAGGGGUGUCAGGCCCUACCCAGGGGAACUGCGGUGGCGGCGGUGGUGACUCAUCACGAGGCCGGAAUGAGAAGGAGGAGGCGGCCUGGCCCAGCGUGGCGCAGCUGCAGCAGGGGUAUGAGGCGGCUCAUGGCACCCAGCUGAACCCCUGCGAGUACGGCUUCCUGUCCCUCACCGAGCUGCUCAAGAGCCUGCCAUUCCUGGUGGAGCUGUACCAGGAGGAGGCGGCGGUCGACGAGGAGAGCGGAGGGUGUAAGGAGCGCGUGAGGUUGACGCGCCUCUACCAGUUUGCCCGCAGCGUGCGCGCCCUCCUCCACACCUACCACUACCACCAGAUCUUCCUCAGCGAGUUCCCGGCCGCCUUCAGCAAAUACACGGGCCAGGGGCUGCAGUGCCGCAGAUACGGCUACGCCACGCUGGACGAACUGCUGGCUGCCAUACCACAGGUGAUCUGGAUCAAGGGUCAUGGGCACAAGAAGAUCAUCGUCCUGAAGAACGAGAUGAAAGUUCGGGCUACCUCUGGUUCUGGAGGAGAGACCCCUGAGCCAGAAGGCAGCGGCAGGUCGGACAACGGGAGCCCAGGGGGCGAUGCGGAGCUGCUGUCCCUUGCCGCCGGCUCCCCAGUGGACCUCCUGUGUGGCCCCGCCCCCUCCUGCCUGCCCUCCCCCCAGCUCCAGCCGCACCUCACGCACAACACCAACGCCGCCAACGACCUCAUACGCUUUGAAGACAACAAGGCCCACGCUGGAACACAUUCAGAGCAACCAGCAGCAGCAGUAGCCAGCUCAGGGGAAUGUGGCCUGUCUUCAGCACACGCAGCACCAGCCCAGCCCGCCCUCGCCUCUCCCCGUCGGGCUAAUCCCAACACACAACAUCUUGGCACUUUAGCCACCACCACCGAGCCCCCAAGUGUCCCAGUAGCCGUCAACGAUAGCCCUAGCAAGCGCACCUCUCGCCACAAAGUCAAACUGGCUGCCAACUUCUCCUUGACCAUGGCAUGAUGUCCUGUCCCUCCUCUUCCUUCCUCUCCUCUCCCCCCUCUCCUCUUCCUUCCUCUCCUCUCCCCCCUCUCUUCUCCGUUCCUCUGGUCUUCCUUUCGUUUCUCUACCUCUCACUCGGUCUCCCCCUCUCCGAGCAGCUAUCCUCAUCCUCCACUUUUUAUCACUCUACCAUGCCGUCACUCGCGUUCAUAGAGUUCAUUUGAUGUGGUUCUGGGCAUUCUGCGUUUUUGCCAUCUUCGAGGUUUUUUUGUGUGUGUACAUCAGCGAAAGCAAGCAGUGUUGCAGAAUUUUUUUUUACAGAAUUGUAGUAAAUGAAAAGACAAGUAUACUUUAUUCUGAACCAGUAUAUUUAUAUUCUGUACAUGGAGAAAUUGCCUUCAAGGAAAUUUUAGUAUGUUUAAGUGACUGUGCAUGAGUUAUUUUUGUCAAAACAGACGAUCUUACUUGGCAGCUGGUCAGUAUUGCACAAAGGGGUAGAACUCUCGGCAGUGGCAUCUGAAGACUUGGUUAUUUAGCCUAAUUAAGUGUUGUCAUGAUUUGUCAUUUAACUAUAGUUUACCCUUAGUUAUUUACAGCAGAGACCGAUUCUAAAAAGAUUGAAAUGUAUGUUGUCAUGAUUUCUGUCAUGUAAAUAUAGUUUACCCUUACUUAUAUUACAGCAGAGACAGAUUCUAAAAAAGAUUGAAAUGUAUAUUUUUAAGAGCUACUUUUUAUUACACCAUGGCACGUGGGGAGGAACGAUACCUGUACCCGUGAGCAUUGAAUUGCAUAAUUUGUUUCAAAUGUGGGCCCGACCAUAACAGAAAGCCAUUUUAUCCAUUGCUCGAACUACGUUUGCUUGAGUUGAUAUGUUAACAUUUAUAAUGAUUGGAUACAAGGACCCAUGUUGAUAUUUUGAUAGGAGACCACGGGGAGUAUAUGUGGAUUUUUUCGGAAGGCCAGGACUGGAGUAAUCAGAAUGGAUGGGGGGCCUUUGUAAUGUGCAUCACAAAGUCUAAGGUCAUUUAGUUAAUUAUUGUAUUGUGUUGCAGAGAGAAUGGUGAUUUGCAAAUACUUUUGCAAUGAAGGAAUGUGAACGAGUUGAGGUAUGUGUGUUUGUUGUUGUGUAUGUGUGUGUUUUCAUACCUGGACCCAGUUUCUCGACAGUGUCGUUGCUAACCAUGUUAGCAACUUACUUGUUUGCAAUGCAAUUUCUCAAAGGUAACUCACUAAGUUGCUAACUAGUUAGCAACAACACUGUCGAUAAACAGAGCCUGAAUAGUCCUGAAGAUCUGUCUCUUCAGGAUGUGCUCGUGGUGUGUGUGUGUGUGUUUGUGUGUGCGCACGUGCAUGCAAGUGUCAUGUUGCAGACAGCAUCACUCCUGUGUUAAAGGAGUAACAAUGUUUGGUAAUAGGUGUGAGAGCUGAGUGGUUACAGGGACUCUGAGGCGUCAAAGUAACCCCUCUUCAAUUAACACGGUGCUACCUACACAGACGUUACUCGCAUGGUUUGAUUCUGUAGUUCUAACGGGAGCACUUGUGUCUUAACGAGCUAGCAGCUACACCCACCUCAACUCGAGGCAUAACAAUGAUGAUGAUGAUGGUGUUGUUGUUUAGGAUAGGGUAAGUAAGGAGUAGGUAUGCACGUCUGUGCAUACAGCCUCUCUUAGGCGAGUGGUUUUGUGUUGGUGUCUAAUGAGUUCGUUAAGCCGAGUUUUGUCAAGUAGUUGUAUUUACCUCUUUUCUUUUUUGUCUCGUGUUGCACUGAUCCACACGAGUGCUGGUUGUUUCAUGUCUUGUGGAGAACGGCCUUUGUUCAGUCUGUCUGUCCUUGUUGUGCAGGGGUGCAUUUCUGGAAAGCCUAGUCGCUAACUACGUGAGCUACUUUGUUGGUUGCAAUGCAAUUUCCCAUUGGCAACUGCCCAAUUUGCUAACUGCUAACUACUUCGCUUUCCAGAAAUGCACCCUCCCUGUUUUUGUGUUGCUUUCUGUUGUUCAGAAAUGACCACAUGCAUGUUGUAUGUAAAGCAUAUCCAUUGGAGCAAUAGAUAAGCUUUUGCCUUCUUAGGGUAUGACUGACUGACGGACUGUAGUCUGCAGAAAGAAAUGCAUCGUGGGUAGCAUGGCAUGACAAUGUGACUGGCUCGUGUGCUUAUAGACCAGUGGGGGGCCCUACAAGAGACACGAUGGGGUGGGCCCUAGGCCCUCAGGGGGGGCCCCCAGGCCCCAGUGGGACACACAGAGGCUCACUGGGGCCGGCUUUUGGGACUGCCUGGCUUUUACAAUAGCUUGUAUUAGCCGGGCCACCAUUUAGACAGGAAAGUAGGCCGAGCCAAGCGGUCAGAUGAUGAUUGCCGUUAUCCAACAGGUGUUUUUCUUUCCUCUGCAGUUUGCUCCUGUCGCAAGAUGCAUAUGUUUUAAAGGGUCUUUAGAAGGAGUUAAUCCCUUGCCAGCUCUAAAAGUGUUGUUUCAUCGUAAACUGCACUACUUGGCGGGGAAAUGGAGCGAUGUAAGUCGCCCUACUACACCCCUGUAGCGCAGGACACGGAGAACAACAUGGUGAAAUGUUUAGUGUUUGGUGUUUGUGGAUGGGAGCAUGGGCUGACUGACUUCCUCCAUAGUGUGAGUCGUUGUGUUGUGGUCUAGCUAGCAGAUGGUUUUGAUGGUCAUCAUUGGAUGGUCAUUUGGAUUUUUUUUUCUUUCUUUCGUGUAACCUGCUGAACAUCUAUGCCUCUCUUCCACUGCAGGUUUUUUGGUAGGCCUACAGCUGGACACAGCGCCACCCAGCCGCCACUUUUUGCUUUACGAUUGAGCUGUGUCAUGCCUAUUUGAAAACCAAAACGUAAGGGGCUAAGUCACGCUGUGUCGAGCUGUUGGUCUACCAGAAAACCGGCAGUGGAAGAGAGCGUUUAGAGGAGAGGGAGGUUGGACACAGGUUAGGUUAGGGUGUGGACACGUGAAGAGGUGAUGCACUCUCCCAUUUAGUGCCAAGCCGUGGCCUUACUGUGCCAAUUUGAAAACAGUGGCUCUGUGUUUUCGCAUUUUCUACCAUGUAGAUUUUCCAAGAUUUCUAAUUUCACAGUCCAGUAGGGCAGUUCGCUGUUUUGUCCUGUCCGGAUCUUUUUUUUCAUUUAUGACUUCAAAGAGUAUGAAUUUGUUGUUUUUGUACUCCGACAGAAUUGAAAUACUGUGAAAACCUCCAGAUUUAUGUUGUUUUCAAAUAAAUCCCAUGUAAGGGAGCAUAUGAUUGUAAAUGCUUUUGGAUAUGAUGCCCUGCAUUGAAAUUAAUCAUUAUAUUAAUCAUUAUAAUUUUCUGACCACGUGGAAAACCCCCUGCUCAGUUUUGACCAGCUGUAAAGAAAGUCUAGGCGAUGAUCAUCAUCUAUGCACGUCUGCAUAGUUUUGAGUUCAAAAUGUUAUAAUACCGCUGAAUGGUUCUUUUUUUGUUGUCAAACAAGUUGUCAUACUUUAUCUUGUUAUUAAUGGCAAAUUGAAUAGGUUCAUUCUUUCCAUUCUCUCAAAAUCAUGUGACUGUGUUGUUAUUCAGUUUGUGUAGUUAUUACAAAUUGAGUCGAGCCAAAACCUCCCUCUGUGUGUGGCGAAUGCCCUCAACCAUGUCUGGAAAUUAGUUGCACUCUUGCUAGAAGAAAAAUAAUUCCGUUAUAUUCUACAUUCAAUUCGAACUCAUCUGGUCAUUGCAACAUUCAUAUUUCUUGAAGAUGGUCGAUAUUUUUUUCUCCCCCUCUCUCUCCUUCACCAGCUUUCCCUCCACUGAGUUUUGGUCACGCCCCCUAUCUGUCCCCAAUCUGUUCUAGUAUUUCUUCUGAUGGGACCAAAUUAAGCCAGUUAAAUAAAAAUGUAAGCAAUAUA